AUGGCAAAUCCGUCCCCGAAGGACGGCGCCGACGUGGGUGGUGAAGCACAAUCCCAAGCUUUCCCGUUCCCAACCUCCAGCCUAGGACCAUCCUCGGGGGCUUCAAAUGCCGUUGACACUGGGUCUAAGUCCGGAGUGCAUCUUCGCCGACUCUCCCGGACUGCUCGCGAGAAGGCAAAGCACAUCCGCCUUCCAGCUUCGACUCCCAAAAGGAAAACAUUAAACCCGGGCAUUUACACCGGCUCCUACACUCGCAGUCCUCGGUCAAAAUCAAGAUCAGCGCGAGGGACCCCGGCGAGUUCUAUCCAUGCGUCUCCCAGAGUAAGCAUGAGCCAUGACCAUUUGAACGGACUCCUGCAGGACCUCAAUCUGGAGCUCCAGACUUACGAGGUCGAGGAACUCCGAGAUGGAUUCUUCGAUGCUUCCUUUACAAAACCUCCCAAGGUGGAUCACGAGAGCCUUCUGAGAGAUGCAAUGUUCACUCUGCCUUUAGCAUUCAACGAGAAAAGCCCGCUAUCGUCCAAGCACUUUCUGCCUAAGCAAUGGCAAGGAAUUAAGGGAGUGGUUCGAGCGGUAACCACCACUAGAUCGGGCAUUCAGUUGACGAAAUCGUUCCUAGCUUUCUUCAUCGCUUAUAUUUUAUGUCUUAUUCCAGCCGUUGGAGUCUGGAUGGGGCCAUCCUGCUAUAUUAUGGUGGUUUCUACGAUAAUCAACCAUUCUGGAAGGACAGUGGGAGCCCAGAUAGACGGCACCUUUCUUACCAUUCUUGGAUCAGCCACCGGCUUGGGAUGGGGAGCCUUCGCACUUUGGCUUUCCGAUUCUACAUCUGUUGCAAGGAGGGGCUAUGGUGGAAUCCUUGCGGCAUUUCUUGUCGUUUUCAUGGGCACUAUUGCAGUUCUCCGCUCAUACUACAUCAGAAUGUACCAAUCAAUACUUUCUGCAGGAAUUGCUGUCAUAUAUACCUGCCUUUCUGGUUCUGCCCACCAUCCUAAUUGGCAGACGCUAUUCAACUAUGGUAUUCCUUGGCUUUUUGGUCAGGCUAUUUGUCUUCUGGUCUGUUGUGGGGUCUUUCCAGAUGCUGGGGCGCGGCCUCUCGCGGUAAGACUUCACAACGCUUUUAAGACCAUGCAAGAUGGCCUAGUCCUGCCUCACUGGAACAGAGUUGGCCUGCACCGGCAGCUCGCGUGGACCUUUGUCAGCCUAUCGCAAGCCUAUCGAGAUCUUGCGUUGGAUAUAAGUUGCACCCGCUUCCAGCCAUCAGAUAUCUUAUCAUUACGAAAUUGUAUGCAGGCCGUGAUCCGAUCUCUGCUUUCUUUGAAGAUGGAAUCCGCUCUUUUCGAUUACUAUGAAGAAACUUGGCCCGAAAAUGGUGGGCACGAAAGUUCCCAAAGCCCCAUUUCGGGACGACACCUUUCUCCUAGCGAAGAGAGCAAGUCUCUACCGGAUGGUAUUUCCGAGAAGACCGCUACACCCCAAAGGGAAGUAGUCAUCGACAUCGAUACAAUUUCAAAUGCUCACUCGGCGCCUCAUACAAAUACGGGAGAACGCACUGCCAGAUUAGUGGUUUACAAACUUUCUGAUCCCACUUUAACCCUACUUUCAUGUAUGAGGAGCUCAUUGGCGGCAUGCGACGCAGUGUUGAUGGACAUGUCGGGAUAUCGUAAAUAUUUGGGUCCCCCCAAGGCAGUGUCAUCUGAUAUAGUCGGCAUCUUGACCAAGUUACGAAAAGCGAGGAUUAAAUGUGGCGAGGCGGAAGAUUCCUUGAUGAAUGAUCCAGCACUCCCCCCAACAUACUCUGAUCAUCCAGAAGUGGUCGAACUUUUCCUCUUCGUCCAUCCGAUUAGGCAGGCUGCAGCCACUGUGGAAGCUCUGUUGAUCAAAGUCAUGGGAUUACAACAACGGAACCGAGGUUGGCGGAUAUACCUGCCAUCCUAUAAGUUUAGCAAGGGCAUGCAACGGACCAAUGCUCAAGUACGGCAUGACCGUGGUGGUCUCACCGCUGGAUUUUACUUUCGGAGCCAAGCAAAACUAGCAGAAACAAUGAGGGGAAUGGCAAAUGUUUAUAAGCCUUCACCUCGUGGGCGGGAAUCUUAUAUGAAACAGGAUUCACAUUCAACUGACGCCACAACAAUUGAGCCACCUACAAAAUUCGGCGAGGAUACUGCCAUAAACAGCAAGUCGCGUUCAAAAAAACGGCGACUACGGUACAAAUUAUGGUUGGUGUUACACGGCCUGCAGGGCUUUGAGACAAAAUUUGCUCUCAAAGUUGUGAUUGCAACAUCCCUUUUAUCAAUCCCAGCAUGGCUAGAUCACAGUAGAGGCUGGUGGAAUGAGUAUGAUUGCUGGUGGGCAGUAGCAACUGUCUGGAUCAUGUCCCAUCCGCGAGUCGGCGGGAACUUUCAAGAUUUGAUAACACGCGCCUUUUGCGCUGCGUUGGGAGCUAUGUGGGGAGGCUUAGCAUACGGUGCCGGGGGCGGCAAUCCGUUCACUCAGAGUUCACACCCUCGCUCGGGGCUUUUAGGCUGCGUAUCGUUUAUAGUAGUUUCCCUCGGUGUCAAAACUACUGAUGGCCUACCUUCGGUCGCAAAAAGCUCAGGAAUACGAGGCAUGGCACUUGUGAUUGGCGUUGUAGCGGCAGUGGUGGUGAACUGGGUGCUGUGGCCAUUUGUCGCCCGGCAUGAGCUUCGGAACGCGCUAUCAUCCAUGAUGAUCUACUCUAGUAUCAUAUAUCGAGGGGUUGUGUCAAAAUACGUUUAUUAUGGGAAAGGAGAAGAACCCAAGAAGGAAGAUGUCGAGGCCUCAGAAAUUCUUGAAGGUCGUCUCCGCGAAGGCUUCGUCCGAAUCCGCCAGAUACUAGCCCUCACACGCCACGAAAUACGUCUUCGCGGCCCCUUCGACCCACUUCCCUACUCAGGUCUUAUUGAUGCUUGUGAGAGCUUCUUCGAGUACUUGGUCUCGGUCCGGCAAUCCUCCCUCUUUUUCCACCCACAUUAUAUGUCCUACAAUAGUUACGCAGCGACGACGUUGCUAACCUACCGCCGUGACGCCGUCGCUGUUAUCCUCAUGAAUUUAUACGUUCUUGCUGGUGCACUGAAAGACAAUCGGCCAGUUCCGCGCUACCUCCCUAGUGCCGCCCUAGCACGCAAACGCCUCCUGGAUAAGAUGGCUGAAGUUGAAGCUGCCAUCGCGGAGGCGCGCGAACUCGAAAGGAUCGAAUCUGGAGGGAGCAUGGCAGACGGCCAGAAAUGGAGCCAAAUAUACGCUUAUUCGUACAGCCAGAGCUUGACUGGAUGCGUGAAACAAUUAGAGCAGUUGAUCCUAUUUACUAAGGAGAUUGUUGGCGAGCAAGCUUUCAACGUAAAUGGCAGCUAG